AUGGCAUCUGAGAGCGUCCUUGUUGUAGGCUCAACUGGCAAUAUUGGCGUUUCCGCUGUCAUUGGUGCACUCAAUACCAAACGCAAUGUUCUCGCUGUCGUGCGCAACCAAGAAUCAGCCGAGAAAUUAUUCAAGCAUGUUGGCACACGUGAAGGCAUAACCAUCGCAGAAGCAGACAUCACAUCUGAAGCAGACAUGAUUAGACUGGUGGAAGAUGUCAAGGCAGGGAAAUUACCGGCCUUCCAGCAUGUAUAUGCCGCUGCUGGCGGGUUAAUGGGACCAACACCUUUGCACGAGAUAACAACUGAGGAACUUCGGCACUAUAUGAACAUAAACUUCGAGACCAAUUUUUUCGCAUACAAAGCUACCGUCCCAUACUUGCUUGAACAAGGACACAAAGACAGCACAUGGACCCUUUGCACAGGCGGUAUGGGCGAUGUCGGUCUGCGCGCAGGAGCAGCCUUGACCCAAGGUGCCCUCUACUCUCUUUCCAACGUGGCCUGUCGCGACCUUGAGAACACUAACAUCCGCUUCAACGAAGUCUACUUGAAUCUGAGAGUAGAGGUCGACGAGUCAGCCAAACAGACUGGUUUCUUCAAGGCAUCGGACUUUGCAAAGAACUACCAGGAAAUUCUUGGAAGUCCUGAGAUUAGGAGCUCGCGUGUUAGUGUUUUCGAUAAGAAGGACUUUACGCAGCUGGUGCACAAGAAGAAACGCGUUGAUUGGGCCUUCAAAAAGGAUAAUUGA